AUGCCAAACUUGGAUGAAAUCCAGACUUUUCAGCAAAGACACUUCAUGUCUUCUUCUCUAGAACAUCCUGCUGCUCAAGUUGGUUUCAUCUUGACUACAUCACAGCAUUACUGUGUGGUAAUCUUUGACUACUGCAAGCAACGAGCUCAUAUUUUGGGGCGGCAUACCAUUAUUUCAGACACUGCACCUGGAAUCAGUCUCCAAAGCAACUGGGAGGAAUGGCAGGGUCCAGAAUACUGGAAACGUGUGGCCAUGUUGCACAACUGGCCUCAUGGAGAUGUCUCUGCUGUACAUGUUUAUGAAGAUCCUAGAUUCCGCCUACCACAGAAGAUAGAUUGCGAUUGUGGACCGGUCUCAAGUUCUAUUCUGGAGCAUUUUCUAGAGAAUGGGCUGGCCUACCAUCUGGAUGGAAGUCUGCAGAGGCCAACCAUACCUUGUGGACACACCACUCGCCUUAGAAUGUUUGAGAUGGUGAAACUCAGCUGUAGAAGAGAGUGGAGCCAUUACUUGUAUCUGGGCAGCCACCUGCCAGAUGAUUGGGAUCCAACAGAUCAUAUCUCUCGGGAAAUCGUGGACAAGAGAUUAGAAGAAUCCAUCCAGAGACAAAAUAACCAGGCUAUCAUCACCAAACUUGCCACCAUGUUAUACAACUGUCCUGACUGUUGUUCCACCAGUCUUUCACAGGAUCCUAAUGAAACCCAAAAUGAUAAUAGUCUGGAUUCUGAUCCUGAAGAUACCAACCCCAUCACAAAUCUGGCCCACAGUAACAAGAUGUCACAGAAUUUAAAGCAACUCUUGGAUUUCCACUCAUUGACUGCCACCCAUCUCCGUGAUACCUCCACUAUGCCAUCCAGGUGGCUCCCUUUUGAUGCAGGAUUUGAUCAGUACUGGGGUGGACCUACCCUAGAGUCUAUGAGACCCAUCAUGGAUGCUGGUCAGAUCUGGUCCUCCUCACGCAAUGCUUGGAUCAGUGCUCUUGGAUCAGCCAUGCUCUUCAGAGACUAUGGUUUCAGGCUUUUCCCUAGCUUCUACCAGAUGUUCUGGUUGGGUCCUCCAGUAGACCCCCUAGAUCACAUGAUGACUGUUGGAGUCUCUGACACUUAUGAUCCCAGUCAGCAGGUCAGUUUCUGGAGAUCAAAAAGCUAUGGCCUGUCACGCAGCUCCCUCUUUGCAGAUAAGAGAGUGGUUGUUCCAAGUGAUGUCCGUAUCAUGGGAGCAUCUGAGAUGUUGCUAGAUGCCCAGCGCUUGGCCUCACACAACACUGGAGUAUAUGAGAGUCUAUUUGUUUAUGGAGCUGAUCCCAUAGGAAGCCAGCGGAUUAUACUGGACCUAGAGCUGGACCUCCAAUUUCCUAGGAAAAUCACCAUAUCUGUAGACAUUGACAGCUACAUCUGGGUCACCCAUGACUUUCGUCCAGCUCUCAGCAUGGGAAUCUACUUGGCUCCAGUGAUUGACCAGCAAGUCCCUAUCCACAAGCAUAAUCAUAUUUAUGUCGACAUUCUCAUGCCCCAAAGCACAGAAGACCAGGGUUUAGAUGGUACUCAAAGGGAGGAGUGGUGGACCAAGUCUAUCCCUUUGAGCUCUAUACCUCAUGUGCCAUUUGGAGUGUUGAGCACUGCAAAUCAUACCUCCAAUCUUCUCCUCUGUUUUCCCCGCAUGAUUCAUAACCGUGUCAACUCCUCCAGACGUGCAACAAGAAUUCCUUUAGAUGUCAUUGAUUUGUUCUGGAAUGAGGUGGUGCUGCCUUCUAUAUCACUGGAGGCACCCACUUCUUCUCUUCCUUAUGUGGAUACCACAGUGCAUGAGAUUCGUUACAAAUCACGCAAAGGUGGCUCCAGUCGAAGACCCAAGGCCAUCCCCUUCUCCCAAGUGGCAUUCAAGAAAAUUCAAAAACACAUGAGGACCCUGGUGGAUCAGUCCCCUAUGUUGGCAUCAUAUGGAUCCUUUUUCUUUGUUUUAGAAGGCAAGGGCAUCAAACUCUGGACAAAAGAUGGACAGGAUGGCAGAUACACCUCUCCAUACGAGGCUUUAAAAGCAAAUUUCUCCAACUUGGAUUGGGAUUACAUGAUGGAUAGGACCCAUGGAGAACUCUACUUGGAUGUGGGUGCAAGCUUCAACCCUACAGGAAACUUUGUAGGCCUUUGGAGGCUUGAUGCAUUGCAGGCUUCUUUUCAGGAGGGAGGUUUCAAAAAAGGCACUACUCAUCAUACUGGCACUCUGGGUCGGUAUGGAGGCAUUCAGGCAGAGAUGACCCUGAAACAUGCAUAUCACAGUCAAAUCUGCUUCCGAUCUGCAUAUCAGCUGUGCUAUGAGGCCAUCAGACCCAACAAUAAUGAACCCAAGUUUGUUUCUGAUAAGGACGCCUACAAUCUUACAGAGGGGUAUCUGAAAGAAUGCCAAUGGAUUCAUGAAAUCUACAAUGGAGGGCCAUCCCAUCGGGGUUAUGGAUGUCGUGAUGAAUAUAGGAUGAGUGGGCAAGCAGCCCUGGAGGUUCUUCCCCAGUUGAAAGAAAGGGCUGAAGCUUUUCUGAAGUCCCAACCUAUUCUUUGGAUUUCUUCACAUGUCUGGUUUGGCCUCAUGGACAGCAGGUUGGAGGGCUUGAGACGGGCCCAAAAAACAUUAAAAACAGAAAACCCUCCCAACUAUGGCACCAAAACCAGCAUCUUGUGUCACCUGCUGCGCUGCUUGAAUUCUACUCCUAUCGUGAUGGAUCCUCAUCUGUGUCAGUCCCUCAAAAGCCUGGAUGUUGAAAGAGUUUGUGACCGUGAUGGCAUGCUCUUUCUCUAUGACCUGGAUAAUCAGAUCAUUCCAGAAGACAGUGCAGAUGUCCGCAAGACCAUGGGUGCCAAUGUAAAAAGUCGGCGCAAGACCCUAGCCCUGCCAAAUCCCAUCACAGAUUCAGAUGACUGGCCUAUUGGCCCAGAACCCAGCUGGAAGGAUGUGGUGAAGAUGAUUGAGCAACACCCUCAACUUCUGAUGAGGCAUUGGAUUUAUGACUCCAUCUGGGAUCCAGGAGAUUCAGAUGUAGGCCUAUUAUUUGUCCAAUUCACUCGGGAGUUUUGGUUGCAGCUGGGUAGAACCCAGACCACCAAUGAAUUUGCUGAUGCUGUCACCACCAACAAUAGGAUCUGUGACACUUUGGAGGAAGCCAUGACCUGCUGGUCCUUGGAUCGUGUCAAUAAAUGGAUCAUCUCCAUCAAAUUCCAGGCAUGUAGUGCUGGACUAGAAGGAGACAAGCCUGGUCAUCCACAUCUCUCAUUUGUCCAGAGACGUACCACAUUUUUUCCUGACAGAGAUGCUGCUCCAUUGCAGUCAUCAAAAUGGAAGACUUAUUGGACAGAGGGUUACAUUUCACAAUAUCAUGAGCUGUGCUCUCAGCUAUCUGAAGCCCAGUGGCAGCAUCUCCAAGAUCGGUUGGAUAUACUGUUUGCCAAUAUUCAAUGUCUUCCUGAUGCCAACAAACCUACUGCCAAAAGUCCAGGCUCCACUUGGACAUUGGCUUGUGACCAGGACAGUAUCAAGAUAGUCACCAACCCAUGCUUCUACCGCAUACAAAAAGUUGGAGGACAAAAGCGCACCAUCAAGAGGCCUGCUGUCAUCAAGAGAGCUCAGGACUUUCGUGCUGAAGUCAUGAGAAUGCAAGGACGGGAUCCUCGGAGAAAUCAACCAGAGCAUCCAAGGAAGGCCCAUAUCGAUCGCAGGUCAGCCAAGGUCAAGCGUGCUAGAAAGCCACCAACCAGGCAGAUCAAAGUAGGAUCAAAUCACUCAAUAUACUAG